AUGCGGCUCACUGUGAAGAGCAUCUGGGGACUCGACCUGGCGAGUUGGGUCGCGCUCGUUUCCCUCUAUAAUCUUCUUUCGGCGACCGUCGAGUUGUGGUCAGAAUCACGCCGCUCUUGUCACGCGUCUGGGGCAGAUUCGUUGGCGACCUUCAACUUUACGUCUUCCGUCUUUACGGUGCUUGCGGGGACGUUGGGGAUUCUGUCGACAAUUUUCUAUUCGGCGUCCUUUGUUAUUUUCGUCCUCGUCGCGGUCUCUAUCACGACGUGUAUGGAUAUCGCUGAAAUCGUCACAAAUGCCACGUCAGCGAACCCAAGCGUCAUGCAAUUCGUGAUGACCGGGCUGCAUCUCACGGUCACCGUCGUAGCGCUCCUUAUUCUCUUCUCCUAUUACCGAAUUUUGAAGGCUGGAGGCACUGGGCGAGAAUAUCGCGUCUACCGAAAAAACGAACAGAGAUCCCAAGCACCGCCGUCGCCUUCUUCAUACGCAGCGGAACGGGCAGCUGAGGAAAGCCCGCUGCAGCAACCAGGCUCGACAUAUGGAGCGACUCUCGGAGCUGGAAUUGGUCUUGCUCCCUAG